AUGCAUGGGCAGACUGUGAUUGGGAAAACAUCCAAGACCACGGAGAUCGACUCUUUGCGGUUCACCGAGAAGGACUUAGACCUUGUAGGCACACUAGAGUACGGCCAGUUUGGUGUGAUCGACGUCGUGACCUGCAAGCUAGACGGAGGUCUUUAUGUUCGUAAGUCGACAGACAAACACUUUGCUUUGAAGACACGGGACCAAUGUUCUCCCCAGACAGAGCGAGACAUCUUGCUGCAAGCGCGGAAGUCCGACUCGCCUUGGGCACCGCACCUCCUAUGUGCCUUCCAAACACCCACGCACUUGAAUCUCGUUAUGGACUAUGUCGAGGGCGGGACCCUGUGGGACGUCCUUGAAUCUAGUCCACACGAUGGGAAGAUACUGGACUCUGACUUGCAGUGGUGGGCGCCGCAGAUUGUCAGCGCGGUGCACUGGUGCCACUUGCAGGGCUUCGCACAUCGCGACAUCAAGCCGCAUAACUUCGUGUUAACUAGCGAUGCCCACCUUCGUCUGAUCGACUUCGGCUCUGCUGCCCCUCUGCUGCCACCCAACCCCGAUGGGAGCCAACGAAUACCUUUGGAGCACUGCCUUGUCCCCUGUGGCACGUGCGACUACAUCUCCCCUGAGAUUCUGCAGGCGCAUGAAGAAGCUCUCGUAGCGCUUGAGAUGGAAGAUGACGAACAUUGGGCGAAGGAGCACAAGCCGUCAGGAUACGGCCGCGAAACCGACUGGUGGAGCGUCGGCGCUAUGCUUUACGAGAUGGCAUACGGCGUCGCACCGUUCUUCUCGAGGGAGAUCCGGCAUACAUACGCGAGAAUCAUGGAGCACCAUAGGUACCUUAAGUUCGAUUCUUCUGCACCACUAUCGGCGAACCUGCAGGACUUGCUACGCCGUCUACUAACGUCCGCAGAGUUGCGCCUAGGUCGCGAUGAUGUCAAGGAGAUCAUGGAGCACCCGUUCUUUACACCCGUAAACUUCGACGACCUUCACCUCAAGGAGAAACCCGUGGAUUUACACGUCCCCGAGUUUGCCUACGCUGCCCCCGUGGUGCCCACCGCGCCCGCAGUCGCAGAUUCCACAGGAGAGUCUCACUCGCGCGGCUUCGCGUUCUCCGCGCUGUUCGAGUCAUCCCCGAUGACGGCACCUAGCGGCGUCUCCGUCGUGCAGGCGACGCCCUCACAAGGCUCGAGUCGCUCGAUACUUCGUGAUCAAUCCACCGCCGCGUUUAUAGGCUUUUCAUGGGGCCCACCCAAGGACGCGUUCGACAAGAAACCCUCUAGUCCACAAGCGAAAGCGGACCGCAGUACCCCUCGCCUCCUUCAACAUCUCUUCGUCCCGCCCACACCCCUUGGCCUGACUCCGUCCAGCAACAUCCACAGCACACCCAUCGCAGCCCCACGCUAUCCCUUCGCGACGCCCAUCCGCCCGAGCGCACUGACGCCCUUCCAGACUCUACCCCGCGCAAGCACCGUCCGGCGCACGGCUCAGCGACGCGCGGUGUCCGAUCGCGAAGCGAUGAAGCAGCUCGUCGACUGCGUGGGCAUGAGCGCGCGCAAGAAGGUGCUCGAGAGCGGCCGCAAGCCGCGCGUGUUACUCUCGCUCACGCGCUCGUCGGGCACGCUCAAGGAGCUGCGCUUCGACCGCUCCGUCGCGGUCGUCGGCGACGGCGGCGUGUCCUUCCGCGUCGACGCGCCCUCGCAGUCCGGCUCCCAGUCGCACGGCGACAGCAUCCUCGGCGGCGCGUCGCUGCUCUCGGCGUCGUCCAGGGUGUCCGUCGCGGCGCCGGGUGGGGCGGCACAGGGCCUGACACAGGAGAUCACGGUCGGCGACCUGAGCUUCUCGUCGGACCUUGACUCGGAUGCGCCGCCCAGCCCGAGCCCCACCCCGCGCCCGGGCUCGGCGAUGUCCAUGCUGUCGCGGCGGAGCCAGACCCCGACGGGCUCGUACUUUCUGCGCACGGGCCAGAGUUCGCGCGAGGGCAAGCGGUCGGUGUCGCCCUCCGUCACUGGCUCGGAGUUCGCGCGCGCGGCUGCGUAUGAGGAUAAGAGCUCGUUCGCGGUGGGCGGGUCCGCCGACUUCUCGUACGAGUACAUGGACCAGCUGGAGAGGCGGCAUAGGCGGCUGAUGGGAGACCUCGCCGUUGUAGAAGGACGUUUAGACGAGGUAUCGAGUAUAUUGCGAGGUCAUGUAUGA